UCAACUCAACUGUCAAAAGUUCGCAUUCGCGAGCUAUGUAGUUUCUGCUUAACUAUUCAAACGGUCUGGCAGCACUGAAAAAGCACAGUCGAUAAUUGUAUCACUAGGUCGCACUGGAUUCCUUGGCAGUUCAGAAACAUAAACAAAACAUUUUAAAAACAAAUACAGGUAGAAUACAGUUUUAUAUUAAAAAACGAAAAUGGACGACAAUGAGCGCGCUAAUUUGGUUUCUCGAUAUUUAAAACUUGAGGAAGAACUCAUGAUCGGAAGUGCUGGUAUACUGUCAUUUUUAGAAAAUUUGCCAUCUAGCUCCAGUUCGGAAUCUUCAUCAAGCUCUGAGGAAUCGGAACGAGAGGAAACCAGCAAAUGCCAAAACUUUUGCGAAGUCAUUGAAGGCUAUGACGAAACCGAAUUCAAAUCGCAUAUGGGAUUGCGGCGUUCAACCGUGGAAUUUUUGAUUGAGGAAUAUGCAAAGAGCAUUGAGCCCAAAACAAAUACUGGUGGAAGGGAAACUGUACCACCAAGAAAAAAGGUGUAUACUUAUAUUUGGUACAUAAGUAAUACCAACACAUUUCGUGAACUUGCUUAUUUAUUUGGUGUUUCUUCUUCAACUGCUUGGGCUAUAGUAGGCGGCGUAUCAAGUUGGCUUAUAAAUAUGGGCCAAGAGUACAUAAAAUGGCCGCAAGGUACAGACGCAAUUGCGACAAAAUGCAAAUUUGAGACAAGAUGUGGUUCUCCUGAUGUAAUCGGUUGCAUAGACUGCACUCAUAUCCACAUAAAAGCUCCUAAAGAAAAUAAAGAAAAUUAUUUCAAUAGAAACCAUACAUAUAGCAUAGUGCUUCAAGCAGUAGUGGAUGCUGAUAAAAAAUUUACAGAUGUAACUUGUGGCGAACCUGGUUCUCUUCAUGACAGUGCAGUUCUUCUUAGAUCGGGUCUUUUUGCAAGAGCUCAAUCAGAUUCAGAAAACAUAUUUCCAAAUAAUGCUUUUCUUUUGGGUGAUUCAGCCUACCCUGCAACUAGUUGGUUAGUGCCACCUUUUAAGGAUUAUGGAAACUUGACUGCAUCACAACGAAAUUUCAACAAAUUACACUCUUCUACACGAAUAGUUGUAGAAGAGGCUUUUGGUUUAUUAAAAUCUAGAUUUAGAAGAUUGUUACAUUUUAGCGAACAAACAAAUAUUUGUUUUGUGGUGAAUAUAAUUGUUAGUGCUUGUGUUUUACAUAAUAUAUGCAUAACUCUUGAUGAUUUAAACGUUGAAAUUUACCAAGAUGAAGAUUUAGAAAAUAGUUUACAAGAUGAGUGUAAUGAAGUCCAUCCACAAACGAAUAGUAAUAGGCGAGAUGAAUUAUUUCAAUAUUUGCAACAACAAAACUUAAUAUAGAGACAUACAUUUUACGAAAUUUAAAUAAAACCAAAGUGCAUUAUAAUAAUUUUACAUAAAAGAAAUAUAAAAGCCAGGCAUAAAUACUUAUGAAUUUCAUUUAUAUAAAACUAUCAGUUAUUUUUUUUUUAGUAAUCAGUAUUUAACACGACUCAGACUAGGAAACUUAGAACUCGAUCAAAUGAACCAUUGUUGCUAUUCGUUUUGGUCAGAAGUUUCGUCUAAAAAUUAAAAUAUAUUACUGCUAAUAAAAUGCUUAAAAUAAUAAUGUUAAUAUUGGUAUUACCAUUACCAUUUUAAA